ACGUCGGCGCGGGCUGCACCGCCGUGUCUGCCUGCCCGCCAGCAUGGCCACCACCGCCACCUGCACCCGCUUCACCGACGACUACCAGCUCUUCGAGGAGCUCGGCAAGGGUGCUUUCUCUGUGGUCCGCAGGUGUGUGAAGAAAACCUCCACGCAGGAGUAUGCAGCAAAAAUCAUCAAUACCAAGAAGUUGUCUGCUCGGGAUCACCAGAAACUAGAACGUGAAGCUCGAAUAUGCCGACUUUUGAAACAUCCCAACAUUGUGCGCCUCCAUGACAGUAUUUCUGAAGAAGGGUUUCACUACCUCGUGUUUGACCUUGUUACCGGUGGAGAGCUGUUUGAAGACAUCGUGGCCAGAGAGUACUAUAGUGAAGCUGAUGCUAGCCACUGUAUCCAUCAGAUUCUGGAGAGCGUCAACCAUAUCCACCAGCAUGACAUUGUCCACCGCGACCUGAAGCCGGAGAACCUGUUGCUGGCAAGUAAAUGCAAGGGUGCUGCUGUCAAGUUGGCUGAUUUUGGCCUAGCCAUUGAAGUUCAGGGAGAGCAACAGGCUUGGUUUGGUUUUGCUGGCACCCCAGGUUACUUAUCCCCUGAGGUCUUGAGGAAAGAUCCGUAUGGAAAACCGGUGGAUAUCUGGGCCUGCGGGGUCAUCCUAUAUAUCCUCCUCGUGGGAUACCCGCCCUUCUGGGACGAGGAUCAGCACAAGCUGUAUCAGCAGAUCAAGGCUGGAGCCUAUGAUUUUCCAUCACCCGAAUGGGACACAGUGACUCCUGAAGCCAAGAACUUAAUCAACCAGAUGCUGACCAUCAACCCAGCAAAGCGUAUCACGGCUGACCAGGCUCUCAAGCACCCAUGGGUCUGCCAACGAUCCACGGUGGCGUCCAUGAUGCAUCGCCAGGAGACUGUGGAAUGCUUGCGCAAGUUCAAUGCCCGAAGGAAAUUGAAGGGUGCUAUCCUGACGACCAUGCUUGUGUCCAGGAAUUUCUCAGCUGCCAAAAGCCUAUUGAACAAGAAGUCAGAUGGCGGUGUCAAGCCACAGAGCAACAACAAAAACAGUCUCGUAAACCCAGCCCAAGAGCCCGCGCCCUUGCAGACGGCCAUGGAACCACAAACUACUGUGGUACACAACGCUACAGAUGGGAUCAAGGGCUCCACAGAGAGCUGCAAUACCACCACAGAAGAUGAGGACCUUAAAGCUGCCCCGCUCCGCACUGGGGAUGGCAGCUCGGUGCCUGAAGGACGGAGCUCCCGGGACAGAACAGCCCCCUCUACAGGCAUGCAGCCCCAGCCUUCUCUCUGCUCCUCAGCCAUGCGAAAACAGGAGAUCAUUAAGAUCACAGAACAGCUGAUUGAGGCCAUCAACAAUGGGGACUUUGAGGCCUACACGAAGAUUUGUGAUCCUGGCCUCACUUCCUUUGAGCCUGAAGCUCUUGGUAACCUGGUGGAAGGAAUGGAUUUCCAUAAGUUUUACUUUGAGAAUCUCCUCUCCAAGAACAACAAGCCCAUCCACACCACCAUCCUGAACCCGCACGUUCAUGUAAUCGGGGAGGAUGCUGCUUGCAUCGCCUACAUCCGCCUCACCCAGUACAUCGACGGGCAGGGCCGGCCUCGAACCAGCCAGUCGGAGGAGACUCGGGUCUGGCACCGCCGGGAUGGCAAGUGGCUCAAUGUCCACUACCACUGCUCAGGGGCCCCUGCCGCACCGCUGCAGUGAACUCAGCCACAGGAGCAUUAGGAGAUCCCAGCUGGAGGUCGAACCUUCGCAGCCAGUGGCUCUGGAGGGCCUGAGUGACAGCGGCGGUCCUGUUCGUUUGAGGUUUAAAACAAUUAAAUUACAAAGCGGCAGCAGCCAAUGCACGCCCCUGCAUGCAGCCCUCCCGCCCGCCCUUCGUGUCUGUCUCUGCUGUACCGAGGUGUUUUUUACAUUUAAG